AUGCUCAAAAAGAAGACUCUGGCUCCGCUCUUCUUUCGGAAUUUGACUCCUACUACCACUCCUGAACUGUCUCCCACCUCCUCCGACAGCGACUCCGACGAGGAGAUGGACUCCUCUGGCUCCCGACCGGUCAGCCUGGCCGUCUCGGCGGGAGCCUUCUCCCUGCGCCCGACGCUCGACGAGGUGCUGGCCAACGUGGCCCCUCCGCCUUACACUCUCAGUGCCUUCAUGGCCUAUCUCUCGCAAAAUCACUGCCUGGAAACCUUGGAAUUCACUCUGGAGGCUAAACGCUACCGUGAAACCUACGACUCCCUGGUCACCCAGUCUGGCGAGCCUGCCCUGGCCUUCGACUCUCCGCACAGCCAGCACCUGCGGAUGCUCUGGCAGCGUCUGCUGACAGCCUACAUCUUCCCGGGCGCCCCACGAGAAAUCAACCUGGCGAGCGAAGUGCGGGAUGCUCUCCUGCGGCACGCCCACGUCACGACGCCGCCGGCCCCUCAGACGCUGGACUCGGCCGUGAAACGCAUCCACGACCUUAUGGAAGAAUCCAUCUUCCUGCCCUUCCUCAACAGCCACGCCGCCUCGCCUUCGAUGGCUCCCCUGUCUGGCCCUCCACUCGGUCCCGACGAAUCCAUGAACUUGUCGACUACGAGCUUGGAUGAAACGCCUAUGAAGCGGGUGCGGUCGCGUCACACCAGACGGACCUCUCCUCAAUCCUCCAACAAGGACCUGCCGGCUACUGGGGCUGGUCGAUCUAACCCGUCGCUCGCCGUGCACGCCGUCGGCAAACGCACCUCAGGCGCCCUUCUGAGCACCAGCGGCGACUCCAACUCGUUGACUCUCACCGAUGAAUCCAGCCCGCAAUCCAGCCCGACCGCCGAGGAACCUAUGACCCCUCCGACCACUCCACCCGCCAGCGAGCCCCAUCUGCCAAUGCCCAGUCCUCGGCUCCGUACCGAGAACCCCUGGAAGAAGAUGGGCAUGAAGCUCGGCUUCAAGAAGCGGUCUGGAGGAAGCAGCGGCUCUCGGGAUCCGAAGAUUGUGGUCGACGACUGA